AUGAUUAAUAUUAUUCUUAUUUUUUUUUUUUUUUUAAUAUUUGAAAUAGCACAAAAAAAAAUAAUAAUAAAAAAUAAAAUAAAUAAUAAAAAAGAUAAUUAUGAAAAGUUAUUAUUGAGAUGUGAUUGA